AUGAACACAUUUACCCUCGGCCUACUCUCCACGGUCUCACACCAAUCCACUCAGCCAGUGCAAGAGAAGUCAAUACAGCAGGCGAAUGCGGAGAACACUGCGGAGAAACCAAGCGGCAACAAGGCCCCCAGCACCAAGAACACGGCUCAGCUCUCCAAGAUCCCACGUCAUAUGCUCUCCACGGUUCCACAUCAAAUCAUCACUCAGCAAGCGGAGAACACCACUACAACUUGGCCUGUCAUCCCCACUGCAUUGAUAACAUCGCAAGAGGAGGAACUAUAA